AUGCGUCACGCCCUCUUCACAGCUAUUGUUGCCGUGUUGAUCGCGUUAAUUGGCUCCUGUACGGCUUCGAAAGGCAACGUUCGACCCGAGUUUCUUAACUGUGUCCAGCAAUGCGAUGCAACUACGUGUCCUGCACAGCUGCCCCUUGCCCUGCGUUUGACAUUUUGGAGCUGCAAUGAGAACUGUCGGUACGAGUGCAUGCAACAAAUUACCGAUCGCGCUAUUCAAGAUGGGACGCCUGUUUAUCAAUAUUAUGGCAAGUGGCCCUUCUAUCGACUUUGGGGUAUCCAGGAACCAGCGUCUGUUUUAUUUUCAAUUGGCAACGGCUAUGUACAUUAUUACUAUUACAAGAUACUUCGUCGCGAGAUUCCCAAUGGCUACUUUAUGAAACCAUUCAUGCUGGUGUUUGCUAUGGUGGGCAUCAAUGCUUGGGUGUGGAGCACCGUAUUCCAUUCACGCGAUUUUCCAGUGACGGAGAAACUUGACUAUUUCAGCGCUGGUCUCUUUUUAUUGUACUCGCUCUAUUAUGCGCUGAUUCGACUAUUCCACAUUGAGAAUCGUGUCAUCAUUCGCCUAUUGACAGUCCUCAUCUCCAUCUUGUUUUUGGCUCACGUCUCCUAUCUCUCCUUUUAUCGAUUCGAUUAUGGUUACAACAUGAUGGCUUCCGUGAUCGUGGGUUCCCUCCAGUUGGCUCUAUGGGUUGGAUGGGCCGUGUUACAAUACAUCAAGCCUGAAAACAGGGAUCGUCGAUCGUAUGCUUAUCUCGUCAUUGUCUCCGUGGUUGGUACCGGUGCUGCCAUGUGCCUCGAAUUGUUUGACUUUCCUCCAUUCUUGCGUGUCCUUGAUGCCCAUAGUCUUUGGCACUUGUCCACGAUUCCCUUGAUGAUCAUGUGGUAUCGCUUUGUAUUGCUCGAUACUCCACACGAAAUGCGGCUGGGGACAAAGCAUUAG